UACGUUAGGGGUGGGGAUAUUCAUACAUAUUUCAGGAUUCUUUCAGCCUCCACCGAAUGGAAAUUAAUAUUGACUUUACAUAUUGUGUAUGCUGCGCCAGCCUUGAUACACGUUCCACCAGUUGAAACAUUGUCAGUACAAAAAACGCAUAACUGAUUGCACAGAGACAUAAGGAGGACAUCAUAUUAUUUCGUCAGACAAUGUCGAAUUAAAGUCAACUAUCUAAGAUGCGCAUACAUAUUCAGUCAAAUUGUGCGGUCAACGCUGAGAAUUUUUUUGGGGAUCUUGGGUAGAUCUAUUCACAACGCAAUACAAGCCGUACCACUCACAAGAUACAAAGGGAUUCGUGCCUUUCCACGGAUUCACCGGCGCUUGUGCUACAGAGGGAGAUCUCGGUUGAAAUGGAUGUAUCUGAUGUUUUGCAGUUCGGUUUAUUACCCUUUUUCCCAUAUGAAAGUAUUACUUUUCCUUGAUUCCAAUCCACAAUGAGAGACCAAGAUUAGCUGUGAGAAAUACCCGUUUUUUUGUCGCGCUGAUUGUCACGUUGCAGGCGUGAAUGAGACAGUUUGUGCAAUUCAUUGCCUGGUAUGUGGAGCUAAAGACCGCCGUGGCUCUACUUUGAGGAUUUUACAACGGGGAAAAGGAAGGAAAAUCACAGAUUCCACAUUACCAUAGGACAGGAUGGUAAACAGCGGAAGGUAGUUGGAAUGCUUUCGCAUUGACAAGGUUCAACAUGAUGACACCCCAUACUGGCACCAUACUUCAGUGAGCUGGGGCACCUUCUCCCUUGAAAAUGCAUAUCUGGAUACUGAAAAUAAUCCUUCUGAUCGCAGCAUCUCUGACUCUGGUCGAGAUGUACGACAAUUACGGGGAGAUCUGUAGGAAUCUAUGUACAUGCGAGGAGAAGGAAGGGAUACUGACGGUAAGCUGUGAGAACAGAGGGAUUGUCAGACUGACAGAAAUAAGCCCGGUGCAUUUUUCAAUGUACCACCUUCUGCUGACAGGGAACCUCUUAAAGAAACUGUCCCUCAACGACUUUAUCAACUACACUGGGGCGACCAUAUUGCAUUUAGGCAACAAUGCUAUCGACGAAGUGGAAACGGGUGCUUUCAAUGGACUUCAAGGAUUAAAGAGAUUGCACUUGAACAACAACAAGAUAGACGUCCUAAGGGAUGAUACAUUUGUCGGCCUGGAGAGUUUGGAAUACCUUCAGAUUGAUUACAAUUACAUCACCAAUAUAGAGCCCAAUGCCCUGAGUAAAUUGCAUCAGCUCACAGUUCUCAUUUUGAAUGACAAUUUGCUCUCUGCUCUGCCUACCAACAUUUUCCGGAAUGUUCCCUUAACACAUCUGGACCUCAGGGGCAACCGUUUGAAAAUGUUUCCUUACAUUGGGCUCCUGGAGCACAUGGACAAAGUGGUGGAAUUACAACUCGAGGAGAACCCGUGGAAUUGCUCAUGUGAGCUCAUCGCCCUGAAAGCUUGGCUGGAGAGCAUAUCAUACACAGCUUUAGUGGGGGAGGUGGUCUGUGAGACGCCGUUCAGGCUGCAUGGCAGAGACCUGGACGAGGUCUCCAAACAGGAGCUGUGCCCUCGCCGAGCAAUCUCUGAAUAUGAAAUGCGCCCCCCUCCCCCACUCAGCACCAAUGGAUAUUUCCAAACCACUCCAGCUUCGGUGACGGCCUCAGCCACCUCAUCGAAUGCUUUCAAGGCGUCGUCAAGGCCUACCAAGGGCACCCGUCAAUCAAACCGAACCAGGUCAAAGCCCACCUCCCGGAUUCCGGCUAACCCUUACAACUAUGGCCCCAUCAUUGCUUAUCAGACCAAAUCUCCUGUGCCUUUGGACUGUCCCACCACCUGUACGUGUAAUCUGCAGAUUGCUGAUCUUGGACUAAAUGUCAACUGCCAGGAGAGAAAGAUUGAGAACAUAUCUGACCUUAAGCCCAAGCCAUACAAUCCCAAAAAAAUGUACCUCACGGGGAAUUACAUUCCUGUGGUACGCAGAUCGGAUUUCUUGGAGGCUACCGGAUUAGAUUUGCUUCACCUAGGAAACAAUAGGAUAUCCCUCAUCCAAGACAGAGCUUUUGGGGAUUUAACCAACCUGCGUAGGCUGUAUUUAAAUGGUAAUCUAAUCGACAGGCUUACAGCAGAGAUGUUUUUUGGCCUGCAGAGUUUGCAGUAUCUCUACUUAGAAUACAACAAAAUCCAAGAGAUUGUAGGGGGCACUUUCCGGUUUGUGCCAAACCUUCAGCUGCUUUUCCUCAACAAUAACCUUCUGAAAACCUUACCAGGGGGAAUCUUUACUGGGCUGUCCCUCUCUAGACUUAAUCUCCGCAGUAACCAUUUCCAAAACCUGCCUGUAAGCGGUGUGUUAGAUCAGUUAAAAUUGCUGUUGCAGAUAGAUCUGAUUGAGAACCCGUGGGAUUGCUCAUGUGACGUCGUCGGCAUGAAGAUAUGGCUUGAGCAGCUCAGUGCAGGCACCGUUGUUAAUGAGGUUAAAUGCGAGACCCCCAAACGGCACAGCGGGAUUGACAUGCGUUCCAUUCAGUCUGAACAGCUGUGUCCAGAUUACUCUGACGUAGUCGUCUCAACAGCGCCCCCCUCUGACGAGCCUCUGCCGGACAGAGCCACCACCACAGAGACUUACCAGAGAUCUAACCCCACUAGCAGCGUCGUCCCUCUCUCUGUCCUCAUCCUCAGCCUGCUGCUCGUGUUCAUCAUGUCCGUCUUUGUGGCGGCGGGGCUGUUUGUGGUCGUGGUGAAAAAGCGCAAAAAGUCCCAGAGCGACCGCACCAGCACCAACAACUCUGACGUGAGCUCGUUUAACUUGCAGUACAGCCUUUACAGUAAUAACCGAACCGUCCCCAAAGUCAAAGCCCCCGCAGGACACGUGUAUGAGUACAUCCCUCACCCUAUGGGCCACAUGUGCAAAAAUCCCAUUUACAGGUCCAGGGAAGGCAACACAGUCGAGGAUUACCGUGACCUCCAUGAAUUGAAGGUGACUUAUAGAAGUGAUGUGGAUGAGGAGAGGAACAGCAACAUGAGGAGUCCCACUUAUAGCGUGAGCACUAUUGAGCCUCGCGAGGACCCCUCCCCUGCACAGAAUGCUGAGCACUUCUUCAGGGGCAUCAUAGAGGCAGACAACCAAUCCCCCUCCGGUAACAGUCUAGAAUACAAGUACACUGGCCCUGUCUCGUACACGUACAACCCAAACUUUGAUGUUAGACGCCAGUUCUUACACCCAGAGAGGAUACGAGAAACAGUGCUUUAUGGCACAGCGCCAAGUACUGUUUACGUGGAGCCCAACAGAAAUGAAUAUUUGGAACUAAAAGCGAAACUUCAAGUCGAGCCAGACUACCUCGAAGUUCUUGAGAAACAGACCACUUUCAGUCAGUUUUGAGCAACAGAUUUGUCCAUAUGUGAAGGAUUUCCCUCCUUAAAAGUACUGGCUCAAUAUUGAGGGUGCCUUGGCACGACACAUCAACAAAAUAAGCAUUAAACGGGGUGUGCCAAACUCUAUUAUUCUUAUUUCUUAAUUACAUGACAUCGCAGGAACUGAAAGUCUCUCUCUGAACCUAACUGGACGAACACACAAGUUGUUCUACUUAACUGGUGAUUUAGAAUCUAUUUUUAUAUGGUGAAGAUUGAAUACACAUAUAUGUAAGUGUACAGGUAACCUUACCCGACCACAUUUUCAGGAAUAUAACCAUACAUAUAUUGUGAAUCACAGAAAAAAUGUUUAUAAAUCACCUUCUGACGAAAGAACACUGUACGGCAGUGUCUCCAUCAAACUGCGCAGGACAAUUCUCUGCUUUUAGUCUGUAAGUAUUUAUUGGAGUGCUCUGCCAUGUGUUUUCCAAACUUUUGAUUCUUCAUCAAUACUACCUGUGUCAUAAUUCCAGGAUCCUCUGUAAAACCUUUAGGUUUUGUAGUUCCAUAUCAUUCACCGUAGCUCGGCAUUGUACAAGUGGCUUUUUUUGUUGUUUUGUUUUCAAAGGUGGCACACCCCCAAUGUUAAAGAAAGACUGCGUCAUUUAAUGAAGAAGAAAAGAAGGUGUCCUUGUAUGCUUUCUGCACUUUUUUUGGAGUUGGAAGGCAAGUGGGCCUUUUAAACAGCUAUCAUUAGGAUGAUUACUAUUAAAAAUGAAUACGUGCGUUCAUUCUUAAUAUGUACUCCUGGUAUGUUAUCAAAUUCAUGAAUAAUAAUUGAAGUAAUAAUUAUGUUGUGUAAUACUGAUCUUUUAAUGUGACACCUAUUUUUAUACAAGCAUUCGCAAUUCUCUUUCCCUCGUCAAUUGCAUUUGUUUAAAUUGCUUUGCACUUAUUGCACUAUAUUGACCAAAAUAUGUUAAUGUCAUCAAUAAAUAUGAUGUCAGGUUCA